AUGACGAACUGCGACAGACUUAAAGUUGUCAUUCUUGGGAACUCCCGCGUUGGGAAGUCAGCUGUGACUGUCCGAUAUCUGACAAAAAGAUACAUUGGAGAAUACAGUUCUUUUAAAGAUUAUCUAUAUCAACACAGCGUAUCUUUCGAUAAUGUCACAACAGAAGUGGAAAUCUUGGACACAUCCGCUUGUAAAACGACAGCCUGUCUACAUGAACAUAUUUCUUGGGCCAACGCCUUUGUUCUUGUCUAUAGUAUUUGUGAGAAGGCCAGCUUUCAACAAGCGCGUGUUUUAUUAGAAACAAUUAGUGCUAUGAAAGGUCUAAGGUAUGCGCCUGUGAUUCUGCUCGGCAACAAGAGAGAUCUGGAACACGUACGGCAAGUUGGCGUGGAUGAUGGCCACGAGAUGUCCUUACAAUUCCAAUGUCAAUUCUACGAAGUUUCCGCAGCAGAAAAUUAUGUUGGAGUCAGUUUGGCUUUUCAAAGCCUCAUUCGUGAAGCGAGGGCAAUGCAAGCGCUAAAGACACUACCAGUCAGACGAAAAGUGGGCGCCGCCAUGACAGUUUCGAAGAUGAUCGGUAUGGUAUUUGGGAAGAGUGGAAAAUCUUUACAAAAUGGGAAAAAAAGGCCAUCUUUAUCAAUUUGA